GGCAGUUUCAACCAUCCAGGGAGGGGAGCAGGUGGGCUGAGGUAAGGUUGGCAGCCUGCCAACCACCAGGCUCCAUUCUCUUCCCUUCCAGGCAAUAGUCACAAAGCGGCAGGAAGGCUGUGGCCGUACUGGUAGCAGAGGAUGCCCCAGGCCCUGGAGCAUGCCGACGGCAGGUGGGCCUGGAUGGUACUGCUGGCCUCCCUGGUGACCCAGGCCCUCACCUUGAGCUUCCCGGUAUGCAUUGGCGUCUUCUUCACUGACCUACAGCGUGAUUUCCAGGCCAGCAACAGUGAGACCUCCUGGUUCCCCUCCAUCCUCGGAGCUAUGCUCCAUGCCGGGGGACCCCUCUGCAGUAUCCUGGUGGGACGCUUUGGCUGCCGGGCAACUAUGAUGUUCGGGGGUGUGCUGUCCAGCCUGGGCAUGGUGGCCAGCUCCUUCUCUACAACGCUCAUCCAGCUCUUCCUCACAGGAGGAGUGAUCACAGGCCUGGGCAUGUGUUUCAGCUUCCAGACAAGCAUCACGGCGCUGGGCUUGUACUUUGUCCGACGGCGGCCACUGGCUAACGCCCUGGCCUCCAUAGGCCUCUCCCUGGGAGUCACCCUGUGGCCACCGCUGGCCCGCCACCUCCUGGAGGAACUGGGCUGGAGGGGGUCGUUCCUCGUCUUUGGCGCGGUCUUUCUGCACUGCUGUGCCUGCGGGGCCAUCCUGAGACCCUUGGCCACCCCCACGACUCCCGAGAGCAAAGGAGCUCCCCCUGCACCCCCUCCCAAGACACCUGCUCGCAGCUGCUGGGCAACGUGCAUCUCGACCGUGCAGCAUCACCUGGCCGUGGACAUCCUGAGACACAACAUGGGCUACUGCGUGUACACGGUGGGCGUCACGUGGAUGAUGCUGGGUUUCACGCUGCCGCAUAUCUUCCUGGUGCCCUACGCCGUGCGGAACGGGGUGGACGAGUAUCGGGCGGCCCUGCUCAUUUCGGUCAUUGGCUUCUGCAACAUCUUCUUGAGACCCGUGGCCGGGCUGUGGGUGGGCCGGCCGAGCUUCGCAGCCUACCGCAAGUACACAUUCAGCUCGGCGAUCCUGCUCAACGGGCUCACCAAUCUGGUGUGCACCGUGUCGGCCGACUUCCGGGUGCUCAUCAGCUACUGCCUGGUGUACAGCGUGUCCAUGUGCGGCAUCGGCAUCUUCCUCUUCCAGGUCCUCAUGGACAUUGUCCCCAUGGAUCGGUUUCCCAGCGCCCUGGGCCUCUCCUCUGUCCUCUGUGGCAUCGCCUCCGUCAGCUCCCCUCCACUGGCUGGGUUCCUGCUGGACACCACCAACAGCUUCAGCUAUGUCUUCUACAUGUCCAGCUUCUUUCUCAUCUCAGCUGCCCUCUUCAUGAGCGGAAGCUUCUAUGCACUGCAGAAGAAGGAGCAGAAAGGCAAGAGUGCCAAGGUGGAAGAUGUCAUCUCAGAGACUACCCUGAUGCAGGGUCUUACCCUGGAAAGCAAGGACAGUGUCCAGAAGCAAUUGUGCCCUGAGAACAUAUAUGUGACCACUGUCUGAGCUCCAGGGGUCACAUGUGACCAGCGUCUGAGCCCUAGCGUCAGUGAGAGUGACCUUCCUUCCAGCUAGCAGCAGGUAAAAGCAGGUCUUGCUGUAUUUCUUCUCUGGGGCCCAGGAAGGUGGGUCUGAGCCCUGCUCAAGGCGGUCACAGCGAGCUCCGCUCCACUGGCUCCUGGCUACUGAUCCUACAACCCAGCGCUGUGGACCUUCUCAUCCAACCUGCGUGCUUCUCAUGUCAGCUCUCCUUGUCCUUCUCUGACCUCCAGGCACAUCUGAAGGACUCACCCUUCCUCCAGGGACCUCCUGUUCAUCUCUUCCCAAAUAACCAGCCCUGACCCCUUAGGUGGUACGCCUCCAAGGGACUGGGCUUCACGCUGACUGGAGCCCUCGGGAGAUGGAGGGCCAGACUGAUCAUUUGAUCUUGAUACCAAAUGGAGACCCGAUUCAAUGUCCAGUGGAGAACCAGUGCAGAGAGCAAGAGCGCUUUCUGACCCCCAGAAGCUGGCCUUCCUGACUUGAGUCUGACCUAGUAUCCACUAUGUAACCUCAGGAUGGCUUGGAACUCCUACCCCUGCCUCAAAAGUGCUGGGAUCAAAGGCGUGCGCCGCCAUGCGCGGCAGUGGAGAAGUUUAAUGCUGUGGUCGAGGGUAAAGCAUCAUCCAACUGACUAGGGGAGACGACCCGUUAGGCAGCACCAUUUUUACAAGGACCGUUGUGAACACAGGACUGUGGGUGUAACAGUAGCCUAUGUUCCCCUCUUGGUCUUCUGAAGCCUGUCUUCCCUCCUCUGUGUUAGUUAUGCCCACCCUGUGGCAGUAGCUGGCUGGGCCAGUUGUACAUGCAACCUUGUUUCCUUGGACCUGGAGCCUGCAGUGAUAUCACACACAUGGACUUUGCUGGCGCCCUCCAUCUGAGGUCAUUACCCAGGUCUGCCUGUCAUCAGUCUAGGCUUGACCCAGCAGGGUACUCCAGGGAAGAGGAAAACAGUUUGUUUGAAUCAUAUACAAAAACAUUCCCUGCAGAGGGUCAUAAACUCUGAACCUUUAAUAAAGCUGAAAAACAGGCCUGAA